AGCCGACUGGGCCUGCCGCCAUCGGUUGAUUUGGACGGAGGAUGUGGGAUGGGGGAGGGGUAGAGUAUUUACGCCUGUUUGAAGUGUAUAUAUACACAUCCUCCCAUUGUUGGAGGAGACAGACCAUUCCGCCUCUCAUUCCUGCUCUCACUUCCCUCCCGCCAGAUCACUUCACACUUCACUUCCUUCUCUCACGCAGCUCGGUCCUGUGACAAUCCCACAUCAGCAGCAAUGGCUAGCAACAAGGCUUCCAGAUUCGACCCCAACUUCACCGACCAUGUCAUCAAGACCAUUGGCCCCAAGACCAACGACCGAAACCGUGAGGUUCUCAGCUGCCUCAUCAGACAUCUCCACGACUUUGCUCGCGAAAUCGAGCUCACCCCGGACGAGUGGAUGGCGGGUGUGCACUUUGUCAACUCCAUUGGUCAAAUCAGUACCUCCAAGAGAAACGAGGGCCAGAGAAUCUCUGAUGUCCUUGGAUUAGAAUCCCUCGUUGACGAGAUCGCCCACAAGCACCUGAGCGAGACCGGUGCCGACCCCACUUCCUCCUCCAUCCUCGGCCCCUUCUGGUCACCAAAUGCGCCCUUCCGCGAGUUGGGAGGCAGCAUCAUCCAAGACCCUACACCAAAUGGACAGCCCGCCCUCAUGCACGGCAAGGUCACUGACUCUGUGACCGGAAAGGGUAUCCCUAACGCCGUUGUCGAUAUCUGGCAAGCAUCAGCGAACGGAAAGUACGAUUUCCAGGACCCAGAGAACCAAACCGACAACAACCUGAGAGGAAAGUUCCGCACCGACGCGAACGGAGAGUACCACUUCUACUGCUUGAAGCCAACUGCUUACUCGCUGCCCACUGAUGGACCAGCCGGUGUUCUCCUGAACCUGUUGGACAGACACCCAAUGAGACCCGCCCACAUCCACUUGAUGAUCACUGCCGAGGGCUACAAGGCCGUUACCACCCAAAUCUUCCCCAAGGAUGACCCAUACCUCACCACCGACACCGUGUUCGCCGUCAAGGACGACCUUGUUGUGGACUUCAAGCCCCGCAAGGAUGACCCCAAGGCUGCAUUAGACCUUGAGUACAACGUCAUUCUUGCCCCUAAGAACUAGGGCGAUUAGGCAGAUGGCUUGCGGCUGGGAUUUGAUGUGGUCAAGGGAACGAAGUGGAGAGGAGGUUUGGAUGGAAUUCUGAUGAAAUGCUUUGCUGGCGUCCUUUUUUACCUUGGGAAUGAUGAUGGACAUAUACCUCAUGAACUGUAUAUAUGAACAUUCCCCUUUCUAGAAAUCUGAAGCGGGAUUUCUCUACUAUCGGGCUGUCUUUGAUUAUAGUUUUUUCUUCGGGUG